AUGACCAAGGACUAUCCCGGCCCCUUAGGGGGCGGCCGUUCGUCACUCAAGAAGCCAGGGAGCCCGGGCCGGGGGACAGCGGUGCGGGAGGAGUCGAAGCGGGAGCUGGAGAAGCUUCGGACUGAGUUGGAGAAGCUUCGGGCUGAGCUGGAGGCUGAGCGCGCUCGCGGACGGGCGGAACGGCGGCGCUUUGUUGCCCAGGCACGCCAGCUGCGAGAGGCGGACGAGCGGGAACGGCAGCAGAUGGUGGACCAGCUGCGCUCCAGGUGGGAGGCACAGCGAGGCCGGGAGCUGCGGCAGCUUCGGGACAACGUGCUGCGGGAGCGCGAAGCCGAGAUCCGGCAACUGCUUCGCUGGAAGGAGGCAGAGCUGCGGCAGCUGUAUCAGCUGCUGCGUCGUGAACGCGACGGCGUCGUGCGCCAAGCUCGUGAGCUGCAACGCCAGUUGGCCGAGGAGCUAAUGAAUCGCGGCUACUGCGGUCGCGCGGGGGCGACCGAUUUGGCGACUGCGCAUUGCAGCUGUCGCCUGCAAGACGUGCUGGCGCAACUGCGCUGGGAGACCGACGGUGAACAGGCCGCGCGCAUCCGCCACCUGCAGGAAACAUUGGACGUGGAGCGCCAGCUCUUCCUCAAGUACAUUCUAGAGCACUUCCGCUGGCGCCCCACUUUGCCUGAGCCCCGGAGUCCCCAGACUGAACCGGCCUCGGAAAACCCGCCGCCUGAGACCGCCAGCCGUCACUCAGAGCCAGCCUGUCCAGGCGGACUCCUCCAUCGACAGAUCACUGGCAUCCAUAUGCGCUCCCGUUCCCUUGACUGGGAGGUGCUACCGGUGCGCUCCACCUCCCGGGACGGUCAACUCCCCACCCGCGCCAGUUCCCUAGAUUCCUUGGGCACCGCGCGGUCCCGCUCUCUCUACAGCUCCCGGAGUCGUCCCCAGACCACUGAACCUGAGGAACUGGCCUCCUCGACAAAUGCCUCCAUUCCGGGUUCCUCUCCGCCGCCACCAUCACCGCCAUCGCCUCAGCCCUCGCUCUUGCCACCGUCUGAGCACCAAAAAACUAGCGACCCGCGGAGUGGAGAAGUCUCAGGGAGGCCUUGCGAGGCCCUGACCACCUCGCCUUCGGGCCUGGACUACCCUGAGCUGGUGAAGCGGAACACGGAGCUGACGGAGGCCCUGAGAGUGCUGGACCGCCGCUGCUUCGCCUUGCGCGAAGAGAACAGCCAGCUGCGGCACGCCGGCUUCCCAGACCAGGCGGAAAAGAAGGUCCAGCUGCUCAAGAUGAAGAACGCAGAACUGACGGGUCUGGCGCGGCGCUUGGAAGAUCGCGCUCGCAAGCUACAGGAGACCAACCUACGGGCUUUGAGCGCGCCGAUACCCGGCGAGAGUCGUGCUGACACGGAGCUGUGCCAGGCCUUUGUGAGCCAGAGCGCCCGGGAAUUGACCGAGCAGGCGAGCGCACUUGUGGCCAAGGACAGACAGAUAGAGGAGCUGCAGCAGAAGUGCCACCUGCUACAGGUGCACGUCGCCGCAGGCCUUGGCAUUGCUCCUCUUCCUGUAAGGGGCGCCUCCGGCGGCGCACUGGAACUCAGUACUGGUGACUUGGAGCGGCUGCUGCGCGAAUCCCAGCGAGAGGUGUUGCGCCUACAGAGGCAGCUGAUGGUGCAACAGAGCCAGAGCAGUUCCCGAGCCAAGGCGGGCAGCCAAAGCGCACUCCGCGAGGAAGCUGGACGCCGCCAGGUGCAGGAGUUAGAGCGUGAGCUAGAUGCAGGGAGACGCCAGUGCCAGGAGUUGGACUCUCAGGCGGCGGCUGUGCAGAGGCGAGGCGAAGAGGCCGAGGUGCAGCUGCAGGCGGCGCUGCGCGAGGGCGUUUGGCUGGCAGAGGACAAUGCGCGGCUGCAGGCCCAGACCAACUGGGGACGGAAGGUGGAGGCGGAGAAGAACGACGUGCUUGGGCAGCUGGGCCACGCGUGCCAGGAGCACGAUACUGCGGACCUGCUGGCAGAGAAGCUGUUUCAGCAGACGGCGCGUGGGCAGGACAGGCAGCUGCAGCAGCAGGACCUGCAAAAGGCCCUGCCAGACCUUCAGGCUGCCCUGGAGAUAAUGCAGACACUACAGUGCCAGUCACAUGAGGUCACCCAAGUCCCCAAGUCUCAAGCAGGGGACAACAGAAGGUCCAAGUUUCAGCCAGGACUUGAAGACCAAGCACUGCCUCAGCCCAACAAGGAUACGCAGAAGACAGAAACCUCAUUGUCAAAGAGCCCUGUUGUCCUUGGAGAGCCAGCCAGUGUUCCCCAAGUACCAACCAGAGCCCCUGCAGAUGAGCUUCCAGACUGUAGGCUCCAGGCCAAGAAAGCCAGCUCCAAUUCCUUCUCAGAAAUGGAGUCCGUGUGGGCUACUGUACCUUUCUGCCCUAAUCUGUCCUUGGACACAGCUAGCGAAGUGGAUGACCUAGAACCAGACAGUGUGUUUCCAACCUUGGACAUAGGGGGCUUAGAGGCCCAUGCUACCACCAAGCUCAAGGUCUUCCUUGCUCGGUAUAGCUACAACCCUUUUGAGGGACCCAAUGAGCACCCAGAAGGGGAGUUAUCUCUCACGGCUGGGGACUACGUGUACAUCUUUGGGGAUAUGGACGAGGACGGCUUCUAUAAGGGGGAGCUUGAGGAUGGUCGACAGGGGCUAGUGCCCUCCAACCUGGUAGAGCCGGUCUUGGAUAAUGACAUUCUGCGCUGUCCCUCCCUCAAGUCCCCCAAGUGUGACUCUGUUUCACACUUGGACACAGCUUUGCAAGAAGACACUCAUCUCAGCUUGUCACCUGGGAAAGCCCAGGCUGCAGUGGACAGAGGGUCAUAUCCAGUGGUUAGUGUGGUCUCCAAGACAAAAGUGGCAGUGGGGAUCUUGGAUGCUGACAUGGAAGCCAGCCAGCUGGACUUGCUGCAUAGCCUAGGGGAACAGGGUUGCUCCAGGGCCCUUUUAGGGGGCAGGUGGCCUUUCUGUGUGACUCCCACGCAACUAGGGUUUCAGAGCAUCACAGCCACAUCUGUCAAGAUCACCUGGGUCAGCAAGGACAGCAUCCAUCCCCACAUAGUGUACCUGGAUGACCAAGAGCAGGCACUGACCCCGGCAGGUGUAAGCUGCUACACCUUCCAUGGCCUGCGCCCCGCCACUGAAUACCAGGCACGGGUGGAGGUACGGCUGCCACCACACUUGCUACAGGUACACUGCAAUAAGAUGUCCUCUACCAUCACCUUUGCCACGCCCUUGGCCGGACCUCCUGACCCCCCACUGGACGUACUGGUAGAGCGUCACUCCUCACCAGGCCUGCUGGUGGUCAGCUGGCUCCCCGUGACCAUAGACUCAGCUGGAUCCUCCAAUGGGGUCCAGGUCACGGGCUAUGCUGUGUACACAGAUGGGCUCAAGGUUGCCGAAGUGGCCAAUGCCACUGCUGGGAGCACCCUGCUUGACUUUUCUCAGCUGCAGGUUCCCUCUCUGUGCCAGAAGGUCUCUGUGAGAACCAUGUCCCUUUGUGGCGAGUCCCUGGAUUCGGUGCCAGCCCAGAUUCCUGAGGACUGUUUUACCUGUCACCGAUUGCUAGAGACCUCUCCCUUUGGCUGUACCCAUGGUGAUCUGUCCACCUGCAGAGUCACCUUUCCCUUAUGCCCUUGGAAGCUGAUGUUGGCUCCUUUGAGUUCCAAGACUAGCUCCCAUACCCCUGAAAGCUGUGGGGAGCUGCAGGUGGAGCUUCCGGAAGCAUUUUCUGAAGAAUCCUCAAAGAGGUGGUCCCCAGUGACCAGCCUGGGUUCAGAAGGAGCGUGUCUAAGUUCAGGGGCUGGCAGCCAAGCCCAGGGGCCCCGAGAGGCCUGGGAGGACAGUGGGAAGGACCUGCUCUUCCAGAAGAGUCUCCAGGAACAAAAGUCAUCCCUGCCCAGUGACCAGUCUUCAGGGCAAGAAAACCACUACCAUGACAUGGGUACCAGCAAAAGCCCCUCUCCAGAACUUGCCCAUCUCUCUGCUGAGUAUGGGCCCAGCAAAGUGCUGGGUUGGUACAAGCCUCCCUUGGAAAAGGUCCUCAGACAAAAGCAAGUGGCCCAAGUGUCCAGUCCUGUCCAGUGGGGUCCCAAUCAGCAGUACAUGUCUGGCUGCCCCAAGCUGUUGGCAUCAGAAAAGGAAGUAUGCUUACACAUGUGGGGCACAGAGCAGCAAGAAGAGAGAGAGGCCCUCAGUGCCCAGAACAAGCAUGGUCAGACGCUAGCAGGCAAGUCAGAGCACCAGGUCCAUGAGCCCAGCUCAGUGCUCUGUCCAGCUCAGUCCAGCAAAGACAUCAACAUGUCCUGGGUUGAUCCCACAUGCCUGAGACAGGGGGUAGACUCUCCUGCUAGGGUCUUUGUGGCCCUCUUUGAUUAUGACCCCCUGGUGAUGUCUGUGAACCCUCACUCUGCAGAGGAGAAGCUGGCCUUCCAGAAAGGGCAGCUGCUGAAAGUGUGGGGGUCUCAGGACCCCAAUGGCUUUUACCAUGGUGAAUGUAGUGGGCAAGUGGUUACCAUCCCCGGGCACCUGGUGGCCGAGGCAGAGUGGACUGAUGAGAGGUGUCCUCUGCUGGCUCAAGAGCACCUGCACUCUGUGACCUGCCUUGACAAUUUUGGGGGGCUUACUGGUCACCAGAGUUCCUUCCCCAUGGCCCAAGGGAAACCCAGGAGUCCCCCACUGUGGACUUCAAAGACCAUGAUGGCAACUCUGGACUAUGAUCCCAGAGAUAGGCGAGGUGGAGACCGGGUGAAGGACAAACUAGUGCUGAGGGCAGGGGACAUGGUCACAAUCUAUGGGUCUGUGGAUGACCAGGGAUUCUACUACGGGGAGUCAGGAGGUCACUGGGGCCUGGUCCCAGCCCACCUGCUGGAUUACAUGUCCUUCCAUGCCCAUACCAAGGGAGUGAAGCUCCAGCUGGGGUAA